AGCGAUGGCUCGCAGCCGCCAGUGCACGUCCCCGUCCUGCUCCACGAGACUGUCGCCGCCUUCUCUCGCAACCUCUCGGAGCCCUCCCAGCCUCGCCACGUCGUCGACGGCACCGCGGGCUUCGGAGGCCACUCGAGGGCCCUUUUGCAACACUUUCCCGACGCCAGACUGCUCUGCGUGGACCGAGACCCGGAGGUGCUGAGCAUCGCCCGAGCCAACUUGGCGGAAUUCCACGGCCGCGUGAGCUUCCAGGUCGGGUCCUAUGCCGACUUGGGCAGCCACUUGGAGGCUGCCGAGUUCCCGGCCGAAGUGGACGGCAUUCUGGUGGACUUGGGGGCCAACAGUUUCCACUUCGACGCUGCUCGACGGGGUUUCAGCGUCCUCAAUGACGGACCUUUGGACAUGAGGUUCAACCAGCGAGACCCCGAGGCGAUGACGGCGGCGGACGCAGUGAACAAACUGUCGGAGGUGCAGCUGACCAAGAUCUUCAGGGACUACGGCGAGGAGCGACUGGCCAAGGAGUUCGCCAAGGCCAUUGUGCGCGAGCGAGAGGAGCGCGGCAAAGUGUUCGAGACCACCAAGGACCUGCGCGAGUGCAUCGAGCGCAUUGCCAAUAUG